CGCAUACACUUGAGGCUUCGUGUCAACAUCUAGGCAUAUUUGAGUACCACUAGCAGAGCAAUUACAUUUAGCCAUAGGAGAUCUAGCUUCGUCAUAAGGACUCCCAUGGCUGAUUCUCAUUGAUAACCCUUUAUUUGAACAAGCAAGCAUUUGAUAAUCUCCAUUAGGUACCAGUGAUUUCUCACUUAUUUUGCCAUCAUGAAUAUCUUCAGGUUAUUAGCCGACUUUUCCCAUCUUGCGUCUAUAUUCAUAUUAUUGCAGAAGAUGAAGUCUUCAAGUAGUUGCUCAGGGCUUUCAUUCAAGUCCCAGGCGCUAUAUUUGAUGGUUUUUGUAACGCGUUAUCUUGAUUUAUUCUGGGCUUUCACGGACUCUUUCUAUAAUACGACUUUUAAAAUCCUGUUCAUCGGCUCGUCAGCUUAUAUCAUCUACCUCAUGCUCAACGACUAUAAGCCAACGCAUGACCCCAACACUGAUACCUUUAAAGUGCAGUAUCUCCUCGGGUUCAGUGCUUUGUUGGCUCUCCUUUUCCCGCACGACUAUAGCGUCUCAGAGAUUCUUUGGACGUUCUCUAUAUGGCUCGAGUCCGUGGCUAUUUUGCCCCAGCUUUUCAUGCUUCAGCGCACUGGGGAGGCGGACACCAUAACAACGCAUUAUCUUUUCGCUUUGGGAUUGUAUCGUGCCCUUUACAUCCCCAAUUGGAUUUAUCGCUAUUUCGCAGAGAGCCACUUUCAGCCUAUCCCUGUUGUAGCCGGUAUCAUCCAGACACUCUUAUAUUCUGAUUUCUUUUAUAUCUAUUACACCAAGGUUAUGAAGGGUAAGAAGUUCUCAUUGCCUGUUUAAGUUCGGCGUACAUGGUGACUGGUUUCGUCAUAAACGGCGUUGCAAGUUCCGAGGAGGAUAGCCAGCCGUUGGAGGAGAAUAGUGUGUCUAUCUACCAUUGAAUUUCAACUUUCCUUCAGCAAUAGGUACUUUUCUUGAGGUAGUUAACAUUCACACACAACUGAUCUUGGUCGGUACGCACUAUAGACUCGUCCAACCCCUGCGAGGGGACAAGUCGUCUAGCGUCUUUAUAAUUAUAGUCUCGGUGAUGGUCUAGUCCAAUACAAUGCAUUUUCCAU